CGCAUACAUGGAAACUAGACAACCUCACUAUGCGAAAGCUCCUGCUUCGAGGGAAAUAUUUGAUGGGAAGCGAAUGCGGAAAGCAGUGGUGAGAAGAACUGUCGACUUUAACAAUUCCUCAAUGCGUUGGAUGUUGGAUAGACCUGGUCAAGAAACUGAAAAAGAUGUUCCCACUUUACAACCCACGGCGGAGUAUAUUCCCAAUUUAUUGCCACCACAAGCACCUUAUAUGGAUAAUAUGCCAAUUUCUUCUGUUUGUACCAAGUUUGUACAUACUUCGAUCAACAAAGUCCGCUGUCCUAUUAAUACUUGUCGUUGGACUCCAGAAGGUCGUCGACUUAUUACAGGUGCGAGCACUGGCGAGUUUACUUUAUGGAAUGGCUUUACCUUCAAUUUUGAGACCAUACUUCAAGCUCAUGACUCGGCAAAGGUCAGGACUAUGAUUUGGAGCCAUGAUGAAAAUUGGAUGCUCACUGGAGAUCACAAAGGAAUUGUAAAAUAUUGGCAAUCAAAUAUGAACAACUUGAAAGCUUUUGUAGCUCAUGAGGAGGCCAUUAGAGAUAUUACUUUUGCAGUUUCGGACUUGAAGUUUGCUACUUGCUCUGAUGAUGGCACUAUAAAGAUAUGGGACUUUUUGAGAACUGCAGAGGCAAAGGACUUUACAGCGUGUGAUGAAGAAAGACAAUUGAAAGGACAUGGCUGGGAUGUACGCUGCAUUGAAUGGCACCCUCAAUUUCCUAUUAUUGCUUCAGGCUCCAAGGAUUCAUUAGUUAAAAUUUGGGAUGCCAAAACUGGUCGCAACUUGACAACUUUACAUGGUCAUAAAAAUACAGUUGAAAAAGUAAGAUGGAAUCGUAAUGGUUAUUGGCUGGCAACUUGUGGACGUGACCAACUUAUAAAACUAUACGAUAUAAGAAUGAUGCAAGAAUUGCAAACUUUUCGAGGUCACAAACGAGAAGUUACUAGUUGUCAGUGGCAUCCAUAUCACGAAACUUUGUUUGUUUCGGGGGGUUGGGACUGUUGUAUUUUCUUUUGGCUUGUAGGUGCAAACGAACCUGCCGCAGUUAUUCCUGAUGCACAUGAAUCAGCGGUAUGGGACCUUAACUGGCAUCCAAUAGGUCACAUUUUGGUUUCUUCAAGUAACGAUCACGCAACUAAAUUCUGGACUCGUAAUCGCCCCGGCGACUAGGAAAUGUAAACACGAUACCAUCUUCAUUCUUU